ACAGUGGCUUCCAUUUUUGAGGAAGCCCUACAGGCACUGUCCCCUACGCCUUGGAAGAAGACCUUGGGCUCCUGGGGCUCUGGAAAGCCCUGCCCUGCUCCAAAUGCCCAUUCCAAUGUGGUACUGCAGACCAGUGAAGGAAAGGAGCCCACGUGGGACACCACACACACCCCGGGCAUGGGACACUGGCCUUCUCCUUCCUUCUGGACAGCCUCUGGCUGAAUGUCACCCGAUCUCUCCUCUAGUCUCAGGCCGAACCAUCUACAGCCCCUCUGGGCGCGUGGUCAAUGGUGAGGACGCUGUUCCCUACAGCUGGCCCUGGCAGGUCUCCUUGCAGUAUGAGAGGAAUGGGGCCUACCAUCACACCUGCGGUGGCAGCCUCGUUGCCCCCAACUGGGUCCUGACUGCAGGCCACUGCAUCUCGAGCUCUCUGACCUAUCAAGUGGUGCUGGGCGAGUAUGACCGGUCUGUGAAGGAGGGACCUGAGCAGGUGAUCCCCAUCAACAAGGGCGACCUCUUUGUGCACCCGAAAUGGAACAGCAACUGUGUGGCCUGUGGCAACGACCUUGCGCUGAUCAAGCUCUCACGAAGUGCCCGGCUUGGGGGCGCAGUCCAGGUCGCCAGCCUCCCUCCUGCUGAUUCCAUCCUGCCCCACGAGGAACCCUGCUACAUCACUGGCUGGGGCCGUCUCUACACUGAUGGGCCCCUCCCAGACAAGCUGCAGGUGGCCCUGCUUCCUGUGGUGGACUAUGCACACUGCUCCAAGCUGACCUGGUGGGGUUUUAACGUGAGGAAGACCAUGGUGUGCGCUGGUGGCGGCGAGCAGUCUGGUUGCAAUGGUGACUCUGGAGGACCCCUCAACUGCCCUACCAAGGAAGGCACCUGGCAGGUGCACGGCGUGACCAGCUUUGUUUCUGGCUUGGGCUGCAACACUCUGCAGAAGCCCACAGUGUUCACCCGCGUCUCAGCCUUCACUGACUGGAUCCAGCAGACCAUAGCCAACAACUAGGAGCAGAGCCCGGCUGGCCGCGCCGAUCGCACCUCCUCCAUAAAGAAGAAAGGUUUCUCUGGGAUUUAGCUCAGCGGCAUAAGCGCCUGCCUGGCAAGUGCAAGGUCGUGAGUUUGAUCCCUGGUACCAAAUUUUAAAAAAAAAUAAAAAAUAAAGGCCUCUCUGCUA